AUGUUUAUGGGACGGUUGAUAAACGUUAGAAAACAAGAAGACAACCACAGGAAGUUUUUGUGUGUGAUGAACGAUGUGGCGAGGAAUCAACACGACUUUUACAACGCGUAUAUAACGAAGGAGCUCCAAUAUAUAAUCUCCCGACAGGAGCGCUCCAGCAUCGCCGUCAAAAAAGCCGUCACACAGAAAAAGAUUCUCCAGAAAUGUCUUGAAAUGAAAAGACGAGACGCACUCACGUCCGAUGAGAGCAGUCUAUACGGGCACUAUGGCGGCAGGUCCAUCCAAUCCCUCAAUAAAGACAUGGACUCUUUCAUUGCCGAGACACACCCCAGAGUGCGCAAGAAGAAACAUCUGGACAGUGUCAUGAAGCAGAGUAAGGAGAAAGGAUUGAUUCUUGGUACGGAUAAAAUGUCAGAAAAGGUGCGUAAUUAUUUCACCGACAGCUGGGGAGUACAAUAUCCCUCGCGUAAAGGUCCUGAAAAGAAGGAGUCUGUUUUCGGCGCCAAAAAGCGAGAAGAGCAGAAACAGACUGAACCCGACGUUUCGUUAUCGGCAUUAUUCAAGCCGUCUUUUUUCUCGCGAAAAUACAAUGUGCGCAAAAGUGAUGGUCUCGACUUAGGAGAGGGUGACCUCACUAGUCGUACGGAUCCGACGGGUCACUCAGCACCGGAAACCGUGCAAUACACCCUACCCGGUGAAGAAAAGCACUGGAACUGCAAGAGAUGUUAUCACGUGGACAAGGCAAUACGAACGCGAAGCAGACGAGCAGUCAGCGAGCAGGAGCCACAAUCUACGAGACUCGUCCUGCCAAAAGUACCGAAAGUGACGUCAUUGGUUCACACGUACCGCUAGGACGCGAGAGCAACAUCACUAACACCUGUAGUUUGGGGAUCCAUUAAUCAGUAAACGGAUUAAAGAAACGGUUUAAAACAACUUUUUUGUAUGAAGUGGAAAAAAAUAACCAACAACAAACAAAGGGAUGAACUUAAUUCUAUAUGUAUGUCAAUUUGAGAAAAUUUAGAUAUCGGUUCAAUCUUGAUGUCGUGCGAUGAAAAUACAUGCAGCAUCUGCCAUUGUCUUUCAGACUGUGCAAGACUGUUCAGUGGGGAAAACAAGUGUUAAAUAAUCCAGUGAUAUACCAAUCUCGUAACUAAAAGACCAAAAUCUCGUAGAGUUUCAUAAAAAAACUUAGCACCAUACGGAAAUUGAAGAAGUGCGUACAAUUUGUGAUCAAGGUAUCCCACGUGAAAUCCGUAAAAAUGCCAGAUGAAUAAUUCGCAUGCUGACUGAAUCCGGUUUUUUUUUUUUAAAGUUUAAACUUUAUUUAUUUUACGACAUCAAAAAAUAAGUUCUUCAACUUAUAUUGAUGCUUCUCAUCGACUCAAGAUUUUGGCGUGAAGGGGUCACUAAUGUGGGAAGAACCCGGAGGAAACCCAUGGUCCGAAUGGGCGACCACAAUCAUGGGUGAUGACUCAAGUCUUGUGCUGGUGUUACUUAAAAUCACGUUUUACUAUUAACAGUAUUCUAUUUAAUUCUAGUUUAUGGAAAUCUUGAUGAAAAAUAAAAUUUAAAAAAAAUAAUCAGAUAAACACUUUUAUUUUCA